AUGGCAUUGUCACCGGGUGGCAUCGUUUCGGCUCAGCUAGGCUUCCUUGCCAUCUUCAACCCAUCGUUGGGUCAUUCCGAUGAGACUCUUGACGAUCAAAUUGUUUACUACUCUUCAGUCAACACCCAACGACAUAAACGGCGUCACCGCUCACGUGCAAAGCCAACUGAGAAUCUGUCUCAAGAGGAGCGCAAUGAGCGUCUUCGUCAGAUUGGUCUUGCCCAGGGCAUGGUCGAGUUCAGCAAGAGCUUCUCUGGCGGCCAGCCUGUCGACUCCAUCGACACGGACAAGACACGUGUGAUCCUCCAUGAGCUGGAGCAAGACUGGUGGAUUCUUGCAUCCAUUGAUCUUACUCGUAUUCCUUUGCCGCCCAAGCUUCAGACAGGGAAAGCACAAGAAACCCCAGAAGAGGUUGUCGAGUAUUCAUCUAAGGAGAUUAAGCCGUCAUCUCUUCUGUUGCAGGAUCUGCUCCGUGCUCAUACUAUCUUUCUGCUUCAUCAUGGCACCUCACUCAGUGCCCUGUUUGUUCGCUCCCGAAGAAUGAGUUUCCUCAGCCUGCUUGGUCGGUAUUGGGACCUAUUUUUGUCAACUUGGAACGUAAUGUUACAAGGGAACCCAAUUCGCACAGUAUUUGGAGGCAUCAACAUCGCUGCGUCUGGCGAACUGGGCAUUGGCGUCGGCGAAGAGGAGCGGGGCAGUGGGGAACGAGAGGUGUUGGAAGGGCUCGUCACUAGAGUUGAGGGUCUUAAAGACCUGGUGGUCUCAAAAUUUGGAUCAUUGGAUGCCGAUGGGGAGUCGAAAACCGGGAAGGAGCCGAAGAGGUCCUGGCUGGGUACAGGAGAAGAUCCAGGUCCUGAAGACGGUGCCAUUUUUCUGGGGAUAGGAGCGUUAUCUCGCAAGUCCGUGAGAGAUAUCACCCUAUGGAUGGAAGACUUGUAUACAUGGGGAGAAAACGCCUACGGCGUCAUUGAUAGUCCGACAUCUCUUCGCGCUGGCCGACGGGUGAAGAGAUCUAAGCCGGUCCCGGAAGCCAAACCAGCACCAGCCCCGGCGCUUACAACGAAGCCAGCAGUACGGCCGCCGGUUCGCCCCAACAAUCAUCGAUCAAAUUCUGGCUCUGCUUCUGGGAGCUCGACCUCGACGAGAACACUGGCUGAGCGGCGUGGGCUUGAUAUUGGUACGGUGAAAGAAGCCAAAAGGCCAAGUGACACCAAGGACAAUUCGGCCCCCGUUCCCGAGAUCGGCGACACCGAAGCCGACACUGUAGCCGCUACCGGCUCUACCGCUACGCCAACUCAAGGAGAGAGCGAUGGCCACAUGGACAAACUUAUGACGGUCAUGAAGUUGGGGUACGGCACGUAUUGGUCAAUCGGCAAAUCGGAUACUUCUUCGUCUGCGGUUAGGAGCCAACUAUCUGCCGUUGCUGCGUUUCAAACUGGGGAGUCCUCUAAGGCUGCGGUGAACCCGCAUGUGAAACCUAAGCAGAUGGAAGAUGACGAGGGACACUACCUCAUUGGCCUGAUGGGCGAUGUCGAGGAGGGUAGUGGCGAUGAGGAAAACGGAGCCUCAGAUGAGGCAGCUGAGCCCGAAUCGAACUCUCGUACCAUGCUACGCACCGUCCACGUUGAGCUUGACAAAGUUGGCACGGAUCGCCUAGAAGCAGAUGUCGUGAGGAACCUCGGCAACCUCACGAACGAUGUGACGCCUCUCGGAGCCAACGCUGUGAGCUCGAACCCGACAUUUGGAAACCAGGACUCGAACAAAGCAAGCAAGAUGCGCGUCGUCGUCUACGUAAACAAACCCUUCAUAUUUACUUUCCUCUUUGAGUUGAGGACCGACUCGCUGGCCUGGGACUCGUUCUACAAGUCUCUUCAUUUCCAGUUAGCACCUUUACGAAAGCCACUUUUAUCUUCGAUCCAAUAUCGGCCAGAUAGGCCGGAGUCCAGUUCUUCAUCGUCCAACAUCUACGAUCUCGUAUGGGACGCUGAGGCUAUGACGGUACAUUCGACCAUACCAAAUAUUCCGGACCACACACAAGCAUUCCUAUCAAACGCACCAUUACCAUGGUCAAGAGUGGAGGCCAUGAACACACACAUGCAACUACUCAACAUUUUCAACCUCACCAGGCCGGAAAUGAAUCAGCUCGAGAGGACCUGCAAGACCAAUCGUGGCUGGUGGGUCGUCUGGCAGCGCAUCCUGAAUCGACACGCCACGAGCGACGAAGCAUUUCAGCCAGCGCAGAACUACGAGGAUGGCGCCCAGUCGACGUCGGAUAGGGACGUUUCCCCAGCGAGCGGCGAUGGAUCCAGCACAGCGCGGCCGGCAUCGCCUACGCCGCCGAGCCCGACGGUCAGUAAGGAGAUUAUCCUGAUCCGUAGGGCGAGCGAUCACGCCGGCUACCGCGGCGUCAGCUCGUCGUUCGCCGAGGGCGGCAUAGGACUGACGGGAUCUGGGUGGGGCGGUGACGGCGCGGGCCGUCUUGCGUCGGGGAUCGGCAUUGACACACGGAAGUAUAUUGAGGGGCUCUUGAACUUUAGCCGGUGA